CAAAGCCCGAGAACGACAGCAGUACCCGUCCAUCGCCAUCGACUGAUCGACCCCACGCAAGUUCGCAAGAGCACCUCACCCUCCAUCUCGCGGCGAUCUCUCUGACCACGGCGAUGGCCGCCGCCGCCCUCCGCUCCUCCGCCGCACGCCGGCUUCUGCGCCUCGCCCCGGCAGCGUCAUCGGCUCUGUCCGCUGCUUCCCGGCCCACCGCCGGGGUGGCGCCGCUCACGCGCCCGAUCGCCGCGCUAUCAGGUGGGAACAAUCCUAUCUCAUGGAAACCGAGGCGCUUCUUCAGUUCAAAUGAAAAACACUUGCCUGCAAUAUCUGAUCCAGAGAUAGAAGCUGCAUUUAAGGAUUUGUUGGCUGCUAGUUGGAAUGAACUUCCAGAUUCUCUCAUAGAAGAAGCAAAGAAAGCAGAAUCUAAAGCCACCAAUGAUAAGGCUGGUCAAGAGGCUUUGAAAAAUGUAUUUCGUGCAGCUGAGGCAUGUGAAGAAUUUAGUGGAACCUUGGUUACCCUAAGAAUGGCUCUUGAUGAUCUUUGCGGCCUGACUGGCGAAAAUGUGGGUCCCUUACCUGGUUAUAUUGAAGAUGCUGUUAAAGCUGCAUAUAAUCGCUACAUGACAUAUCUGGAGUCCUUUGGCCCUGAGGAAAAUUAUCUAAGAAAGAAGGUGGAGACUGAGUUGGGGACAAAAAUGAUACACCUCAAAAUGAGAUGCAGUGGCAUAGGUUCCGAGUGGGGAAAGAUCUCCCUGAUUGGCACCUCAGGGAUCUCGGGUUCCUAUGUUGAGCUAAGGGCAUGAUGGGAAGUCUGCAGAUCAGACAUCAGAACCAUGGAAACCCCUUUGUAGCUACCAUGGCAAUAACAAUGAGAUCGUCAAGCAGCUGUGCACUUCAAGUAACUCCAGAUACUGCCGUCUUUGUGUCUGUAAUAAGAAUGUGUUUCAUAUGCGUGAAACCUGUCAAUUCUGUUAUUUCGCCUGAUUUCUUGUUCGACUGUUGUGAAUUGUAUACUUUGUUCAUGAAGCACUGAUCAUAUGCCUUCCCUCGCUACUCAACUUCCUUCAGCAUUGCAAAAAUACAGUGACCUGCCAUUCUUUUAUGCAAGGGUUUAACAAUCUCAAUA